AUGUUGGUGCGUCAGGUUUGUGUUGCGCUGGCCAUUGUGGCAGUGACGGGGGCCAUCCCGGCUCCUAUUAAACAUGUCUUGCAUGAGAAGCGAGACAAGCAUGCUUAUGACUGGAUCAAGGGUGCUCGUGUUGAGAGUGAUGCGGUGCUGCCUGUCCGUAUUGGAUUGACACAGAACAACUUGGAGAAGGGUGAUGAGUUGCUGAUGGAGGUGUCGAGCCCGUCCUCUGCCCGGUAUGGACAGUACUGGUCUGCUGAAGAGGUGCACAAUCUGUUUGCCCCUUCUGCUGAAGCCGUGGAUGAGGUGCGCCAGUGGCUUCAUGCUGCUGGAAUUGACAAGGCUCGCAUUGUUCACACCGACAACAAGGGCUGGCUGGCAUUUGAUGCCUACGCACACGAGGCCGAGAAGUUGUUCAAGACCGAGUUUUAUGAGCACGAGCAUGUGAGCACGGGCAGCAUGAAGAUUGGGUGUGAUAGCUAUCAUGUCCCGGAGCACAUUCAGGGUCACGUCGACUAUAUCACACCAGGUGUCAAACUGAGCCCCGUUGUUAAGAAGCGUAGCCACACCAAGCGAGCUUCCAACCUGGCUCACUCUAAGCCAAAUGCGAAGGCUGUGUCGACUUCUGACAGCCACUACCAGGUCCCUGCCAAGGCAUUGUCACUUUCCAAGGACCUGCAGCUCUGUGGCUAUAACAUGACCCCUACCUGCAUCAAGGCCUUGUAUGAUAUCCCCGAUGCUACUAAGGCCAGAAAGGGCAACUCGCUUGGUCUCUACGAGCAGGGAGAUUACUUCGCCAAGUCGGACAUUGACCUAUUUUACAAGGAGUACGCUCCUUGGGUUCCCAGGGCAUACCCCAUUCCGGCAAUGAUUGAUGGAGCGAACUUUUCUGUACCUGCUGAUAGCUCGUUGAAUACGGGUGAAUCUGACAUUGAUAUUGAUAUGGCUUUUGCUUUGAUUCACCCUCAGACCGUUACCCUGUACCAGGUUGAUGAUCAACUUUACGAGCCAGCGGAAGUUGCCACCACUAACCUUUUCAACACCUUCCUUGAUGCUCUUGACGGCUCCUACUGCACGUAUGAAGCCUACGGGGAGAAGGGUGAUGAUCCCAGUAUUGAUCCAGUCUACCCGGAUACUCGUCCUGGUGGCUACAAGGGAAAGCUCAUGUGCGGCGUGUACAAGCCUACCAAUGUUAUCAGCGCUUCCUACGGCCAAGCCGAAGCUGAUCUCCCCAUCGCCUACACCAAGCGCCAAUGCAAUGAAUUCAUGAAGCUCGGUCUGCAGGGCCACUCCAUCCUAUUCGCCUCUGGUGAUUAUGGCGUUGCCUCGUUCGCCGGCGAUGGCCAGGCGAACGGCUGCCUGGGCCCCGACUCCAAGAUCUUCAACCCCCAGUAUCCGUCCAACUGCCCGUACGUGACCUCCGUCGGAGGCACCAUGAUCUACGCAGACCAAACAGUCAGAGAUCCCGAGAGUGUCAUGCACGUUAACCUUGGUGGCACCGCCACCAACUUCAGCACUGCUGGUGGCUUCUCUAACUACUUCCCCCAGCCCUCCUACCAGAAGGAGGCCGUCAAGAAGUACUUUGAAAAGGCUGAUCUAUCCUACCCCUACUACUCCGAGUUCAGUGUGGAUGUCAACACCACAAAGGGGCUUUACAAUCGCAUUGGCCGUGCGUAUCCCGAUGUUGCGGCUAAUGGUGCCCAGUUCCGUGCUUAUCUUAAUGGUGAUGACUAUCACUGGUAUGGAUCUAGUCUGGCCUCGCCGUUGUUUGCCUCGGUUCUGAACUUGAUCAACGAGGAGCGUCUUGCCGUAGGCAAGUCACCUGUUGGCUUUGUCAACCCUGUUCUCUACGCUAACCCAGAGGUCCUCAACGAUAUCACCAACGGCACCAACGCCGGAUGUGGUACUAAUGGAUUCGCUGCAAUUGAGGGAUGGGACCCCGCCACCGGUCUGGGCACUCCUAACUACCCCAAGUUGAAGAAGCUGUUUAUGAAGCUGCCUUGA